AGAUCCCGCUUGUAUCAUAUGUAGCGGUCUGGCUCAGAGCAAAUACCAUCCACGGUAUUGAGACCUUCGUUCGGCCCGCACGCCGCCUCAUGAUAAGUUGGCUAACAUUGGAGGCACUGGCGGACCUCGUGAUCGCACUUGUCAUGUCAUAUUUCCUCAACAGGCGCCGCACUGGGUUUCAACAGACGGAUACGGUGUUACGAAAGUUAACCGUAUAUUCGAUCAACACUGGCCUGCUGACGAGUGCUCUGGCAUUGGUCGUCAUGUUUUUUUUUGCAUUCUACGGCUUCCACUUCAUCCACUUGAUGUUCUUCUUGCCGCUCGGAGGUGUCUAUACAGCAUCCCUUUUGGCAAAUCUACAUUCACGCUCGAGCCUCUGGGGGGAACUUCAACCCGGAGAAAACACGAACGUAAACCUCCUUUCUCCCGUGGUCAGAGAAAUUCAUCCAUAAUACACCACGUGUUACAGCUGACCCAACAUCUUUCACCAGGUACGCAACCGGAUGAGUGCUAUCUCUCAGUCCGUGUGAGGGUACUAAUGCACAGACCAAACGAUCAGCAGUGCGAGUCCGUCGCGUCAGGCAAAGAUAGAGGCAGAGCAAUAAAUAAUUUGGGUCCUAAUUCUCUCGUUUGAGCAUGUCUCAGUA